AUGCGCUCUCGGUCAAUAUGUCCACCCUCCGAAGACGAAUUAUUGGAGACUCAUCUGUUGACCCUUCACGAGACUCCUCCCCCCAAACCUGAACCGGUGAUACCGGUCCCAGUUCGCCAACUUGAAAAGCUGAAGAGAAAGAAGGGCAAGCGAAAGUCAUGGCUGCUGUUUGGACUCGGUGGGCUUUUUGGCAUCUGCGUCGCUGCUUUCUUCGCCGAGCAGCAUGAUGUGAUCAACUUUGAGGGGCUGGCGGACUUUAAUCUGGAUGCUUUAAUUGACGUGAUCCCAGCUGGAAUCGUGAAGGAUGCAAAGGACAUCACGAAUCAUGAGCGCGAAGCCGUCAAUUACGAUUCCUUUGCUGUUGGAUUGCACGCGCAAUCUCAAGGGAUCAAGGCAAAGCAUCCGGUGAUCAUGGUACCAGGUGUAAUAUCUACAGGACUGGAAAGCUGGGGGACUGAAGAAGCUUCGAGGCCAUAUUUCAGGAAAAGACUAUGGGGCAGCUGGAGUAUGAUGAGAGCCUUAGUCACAGAUAAAGCCGGCUGGAAGAAGCAUAUCAUGCUCGACAAAGAGACUGGCCUUGAUCCUCCCGGUGUGAAGUUGAGAGCUUCUCAAGGAUUUGAUGCUACAGAUUUCUUCAUCACUGGCUACUGGAUCUGGAACAAGAUUCUUGAGAACCUAGCAACAGUUGGCUACGAUCCGUCGAAUGCUUUCAGUGCGACUUACGAUUGGCGAUUAUCAUAUGCCAAUCUAGAGAACAGGGAUCAAUACUUCUCGCGUCUUCGUGGUCAUAUCGAGCUUGCCGUAAAUACGAAGGGAGAGAAGGUUACCAUCGUAUCUCACAGCAUGGGUUCUCAAGUACUGUUCUACUUCCUUCAUUGGGUAGAAUCAGAAGCCGGCCAAGGUUGGGUAGAGAAAUAUGUUGAUUCUUGGAUUAACAUCAGCGGCUCUCUGCUUGGAGCGCUGAAGGGUUUACCAGCGUUUCUUUCCGGCGAGAUGAAAGACACGGCGCAGCUAAAUCCAUUCGCAGUCUACGGCCUGGAAAAGUUCCUUGGUAAAGGCGAGCGCUGUGAGAUCUUCCGUAGCAUGCCCGGCACCUCUUCCCUUCUGCCAAAGGGAGGUAAUGCAGUCUGGGGCGACAGAACAUGGGCGCCAGAUGACCAAGUCGGGCGUAAUAUAAGCUAUGGCACUUUCCUCAAUUUUCGGGAUCGCAAUGUCACGCAAGGGGCCUCACGAAAUCUUACUAUCGAAGAGUCGCUCGAGUAUCUUCUGUCCAACGCAGAAGACUGGUACAAGUCUAUGGUCCUUGAAAAUUACUCUCAUGGUGUCGCACUCACUACCGCCGAAGUCGAGAUGAACGAGCGUAUUGCGUCUAAAUGGGUCAAUCCGCUCGAAACUCGGCUCCCGCUCGCGCCUAGUCUCAAGAUAUACUGCUUCUACGGAAUAGGGAAAGCAACAGAAAGAUCCUACUUCUACAAGGAUGACCCAGACCCUCUGAACACUGCUAAUGUGACGAUUGAUACGAGUGUAACGGGUGGUGAGAUCGACCACGGCGUGAUUCAAGGCGAAGGGGACGGCACCGUGCCCUUGUUAAGCAAUGGCUACAUGUGUGCCAAAGGCUGGAACAUCAAGCGAUUCAAUCCUGCUGGAAUCAAAGUCAAGACAUUUGAGAUGCCGCAUGAGCCUGAUAGAUUCAGUCCAAGGGGAGGGCCAAAUACUGGCGAUCAUGUAGAUAUUCUAGGGAGGUCAUCGCUUAAUGAUCUUAUCCUGAGAGUCGCAGGUGGCAAGGGAGACCUCAUCGAGGAAUCUUAUGUAAGUGAUAUAAGGAAGUAUGCGGAGAAGGUCAGAAUUUAUGAAGAGGAGCCCGCUUUUGGAGAGAAAGCGAAUUUUCCAUAG